AGCUCCUGUCCAGCCUGUUUUCCUCGUCUCUCGCUUUGCUAUUGAUUGGCAUCCACUUCCUUCUCUUUUUUUUUAUCUGGUGAACAUUAUUUUUCAAAAGGGAAGCCGAACUGUGCGCCGGUCCCUCGCGCAUCUUAGUUUUCUGGAAAGAAGAAGAAUCUUACGUCGACGGUGCACACCUGGGUGCCAGAAGGACGAAUCCGUAAAACUAUAAGUACUACAGCGCCAAUCUCACAACAACGAUGACAACGAUGGCGUCCGCAGCGUCGCUGUUUGAGCGCAACAAGCGCAUCUACCUCGACGAGGAGUCGAAGCUACACUCCAUCGUGUGCAACGACCAGUUCCUCCGCACCUUCCAGGCGUGGCUCGAUCAGAGUAUUUCCCAGCUGGACUUCCAGUACGAGCGAUGUGAGCAGCAGCUGUCGGAGCUGCAGCAGCACGUGUCGGUGCCGAAGGGUGCCUUCUGGAACAGCAAAGCCAUCAUCGAGCACUGCAACCUGCACAUGGCCGAGCGGCGCCUCACACGGCGUGGCAAAGAGCUCGGCGACGACGAGGAAGGCGGUGACGGCCAGCACGCGCAGCUGCCGGACUUAAUCCAGCUCGUCUCCGCGUUGCAGCAAACCAAGUCUCACUCCUUCAUCACGGCGAAGCAGCGCCGCUUCAUUGAGCAGUGCGAGAACGAGCUGAAGUCCGUCGUGUUUGAGGCUCGUGACCUGACGUUCAUCACAAACGCGCUGCAGACGAAGUUGAUCGACGACGGCAACACCCGCGGCGUCUUUGGCGACUUGACGGCCUUUCAAAACACGAUCGAGGAGCUCUCGCCCGACAUUGACCAGUGUGAGCAGCUGCUCGAGGCCAGCAUCGCGAACGGUGAGAUGGGCCUCGCCGAGGACAUCUCGAAGCGCCAGCUGGAAGUCUACGAGCACAUUCUGCGACUCAUCACGGACCAGUACCCGAUCAUCUCGAACUACUACUCCGAGUCGCGCAACAGCGACCGCCGGCGGCGCUGGGCGGUGUUCCGCAUGGCCGAUCGCGACAUCACGGCCGUGAUCGAGUCGAAGCACCGCCAGAUUGAAGCCUGCGAGGAGGACAUGCUGAAAAUACAAGAGCAAAUGACAAACUACAACGAAGACGACGCCCAGCAACGCAAGCGCUACGAUACAGACAGGACGGAGUCGGAUCAGUUCUUGCAGCAGAACAAGGAGAAGCAGCAGAGCGUGUGGAAUCGAGUCUUUGCCCUCUUCCAGGAGCUGCAGACGUGCUCAAGCGAGCUGACGACGCUGGCGGAGCAGCGGCGCAAGGAGGUGGAGCGACGUCUGCAGAUGGAGGAGCGCGAGGCGGGGCGGCGCAGCGGGCACGAGAGUUUUCUCCAGGCCGCCGCUGAGCACGCGCAGAAGCUGCAGGACACGAUCGACAACGCCGCCGCCGCGCGGGAUGUUGCGACGGCGCUGAACGACUUCGUUUUGGACGGCUGCGACAGCAUUGCGGCGAAGUACGACAAGCAGCAAAAUGCGCUGAGCGAGAUGCUGCGACUGGUGCAACAGCACCACUUCAAGCGCUUCUCCGACUACUACAUCGCAGCGAGCCGCUACCUCUACCGCAAGGAGCGACGGCUGGAGCAGAUUGACGAGGAGAUGAGCGCCAAUGAUAUGCAGCGCGAGCUCUUCUCCGACACCCUCAACCCACGGGCGAAGGAAUACGCCGAGGCGAAUCAGCGCCUCGCACUGCGUCGACACGAGGUGGUGCAGGAGGUGAUGCACGUUCGGCACAAGCUGGAGCGCGCGGAGCGGGCCGUGACGCCGACCUUGCGCUCGCUCGAUUUCGCGAACAUCGCCUACGUCCACCCACGCGAGAUUGUGGAGAAGAUGAAUUUGAGUCGCUGGAGCACGAUGCUGGACUACCGCACGAUGCUGCACCCGGCAGGGGAGGGAGAGUCGGAGGUGCAGCGGGAGGCGGCGGCGAUUGAAGAGCUGCGGACAGAGCUGGACACGCAGAAAGCCGCGACACGCAAUCAACACCUCCUGCGCGCUGCCGCCGGCGUACGCAUCGUCUCGACAGCCCCGAUCGGCGGAGCCGAAGGCAGUACGUCAGGCACGAAGAUCGGGCUCAAGACGGAUUCUGCUGCUGCUGCUUCUGCGGCUUCCACCACGCCCGGCUCGUUGACGCAUUCCUCCUCGCUGCGGAAGCAGCCACCGUCGCGGUUUGUGGAGCGGGUGCACGCGAUGCUGCAACGCAAUGAGCGACAAGGCGUCGGGGCAUCCUCCACUACAACGCAGAAGCCAUCCUCUACGGGUGCGGCCAACGCGGCGAGUGGCGCCAGUGGCGCGCUUGCCGCCCCUCCGGCGACCUCGUCGCUCUCUCCGUCGCGACUGUCGGCGAGGGCCACCAACCUCGGCGCCGAAGGCCCGUUGUCCGCCGCCGCACUGGUCGGUCCUGCACCGCCGCCGUCCCACAUCGAAGGCGCGACGUUCCAGGCCCUCUUUAGCUACCGCGCACGGGCACCGGAUGAGCUGACGUUUGAGGCCGGACAGCAAAUCAUUUGUAUUAGCCGGGCGCCAGAGGAGGGGUGGUUUAGGGGUGUGUGCAACCAGCGCACAGGGCUGUUUCCGAUUAACUACGUGGAGCCGGCGCGCGAGACGUCGAGCGUGAAUUGA